AUGGUACCUAAAUUUGUUAUAGUUCUUCUCCAUAUUUUCCUCUCUUUAGGAUUUCAUCCGUCAAGGGCACAAAACUGGAUACAAGCUGGGUACUGGUUUUCAGGCAGUGAAUUCCCCGCUGCUGAUAUAAAUUCUGCACUCUUUACCCACCUUAUUUGCGCUUUUGCUGGUCUGAAUUCCUCCUCUUAUCAGCUCUCUAUUUCUUCUUCUGAUGAGCAGUACUUCUCCGUUUUCACAAACACUGUCAAACAUAAAAACCCAUCAAUCACCACGCUUCUAUCCAUUGGGGGUGGAAGUGCAAACCAUUCCGUCGUAGUUUCGAUGGUAAGCAAUUCUUCCAACAGGAAAUCUUUCAUUGAUUCCUCAAUAAAAAUGGCUAGGCUUUAUGGCUUUCAAGGCCUAGACUUUAGCUGGGUUUCAGCCAACACAAGCUCUGAUAUGAGCAAUAUAGCUACUCUCUUUGACGAAUGGCGAUCUGCAAUAGAUUCAGAGACAAGAAACACUAGCCAGUCUCAGUUGAUACUGACAGCGGCAGUUCCGUACUCGCAAUAUUCAGAGUCGUCAAUUUUUCCUGUGGAUUCAUUGAGGAGAAACUUAAACUGGCUGCAUGUUAUGGCUUAUGACUUCUACAUGCCAACAAGGGAAAACUUUACGAGGGUUCAUGCAGCUUUGUAUGACCCAGCCAGUAAUGUUAAUGCAGAUUUUGGUAUAGAGUCAUGGAUUAAUGGAGGAUUACCAGCCAGUAAGUUGGUUUUGAGCUUGCCUUUCUAUGGCUAUGCGUGGACACUUGUGAACCCCAAAGAUAACAUCAUUGGCGCACCGGCAUCAGGUCCAGCUAUUUCAAACGAUGGGGCGGUGAGCUACAAGGACAUCAGGAAUUACAUGCAAAGAUAUGGAGCCAAUUCAGUGUAUAAUGCUACUUAUGUAGUGAAUUACUGCACUGUUGGAUCGACCUGGAUUGGUUUUGAUGAUGUCGAGGUUGUCAAGAUUAAAGUUUCCUACGCCAAAGAAAAGAAGUUGCUGGGUUACGUUGUCUGGCAAGUUCCCUAUGAUGACAACUGGGUGCUUUCCAAAGCUGCUUAUGCCAACGGUGGCAAUCGACAGAAAAAAGGGCGGUUGUUCCUGAUCAGUAUUUUAAUUCCAAUUGCUUUGGUCAUGAUUUUGCUUGGCGUGUUGACAUACUACUUUCGAAGGGUAAAGAGGAAAAGGGAAGGGAUGGUGGACGUAGCUAAAAAAUUCAAGUACAAAGCAAGUCACAUGGCAGCUGCUGGAGAUUUUAAUAGCAAUGUUCCCAAUCUAAUGGUCUAUACUUUCUCUGAUAUUGAGGUGGCUACUGAUAGGUUCUCAUUUGAAAAAAAGCUAGGGGAAGGUGGGUAUGGUCCUGUUUACAAGGGUGUGUUAGCAGAUGGACAAGAAAUAGCAGUAAAAAAACUUUCAAAAACUUCCACACAAGGAUUUGAGGAGUUUAAAAAUGAGGUUAUGCUUACAGCAAAACUACAGCAUGUAAAUCUUGUUAGACUUUUGGGAUUCUGCAUUGACAGAGAAGAACAGAUGCUGGUCUAUGAGUACAUGCCAAAUAAGAGUUUGGACUACUACCUUUAUGACCCCGUAAGGCGGUAUUUGUUGGACUGGAAAAAACGUGUUGAAAUCAUUGAGGGGGUUACUCAAGGGCUUCUAUAUCUUCAAGAAUACUCCAGAUUGACAAUUAUUCAUAGAGACCUGAAAGCUAGCAACAUUUUAUUAGAUGAAGACAUGAAACCUAAGAUAUCAGAUUUUGGUAUGGCUAGAAUUUUCACAAAAGAUGAAGUUGAAGCAAACACUGGCCGAAUUGUUGGCACAUAUGGUUAUGUUCCUCCUGAAUAUGUUAAAAAAGGUAUAUACUCCACCAAAUCUGAUGUGUAUAGCUUCGGGGUCCUACUUCUUCAAAUCAUAAGUGGAAAGAGGAAUGCACAUUUACAUGGCUCACAUGAAAAUUUAAGUCUUCUUGAUUUCGCAUAUGAGCUAUGGACAGAAGGCACAGGCAUGGAAUUCAUGGAUCCCACGCUGGAUGACACAGCUUCAUCCUGCAAGUUACUGAGAUGCGUGCAAAUAGCUCUGUUGUGUGUCCAGGAAAACGCAAACGACAGGCCUACCAUGUUGGAAGUCUCUUCAAUGCUUAGAAAUGAAACCACACCAGUCGCCAUUCCGAAAAGACCUGCUUUCUCAACAAAACACAGCGAAGAUGAGCGAAAGAAAUCUAACUUGCAACUAGAAAUAUGUUCAAUCGAUACUUCUCCGAUUACACAAGUGGUCGGUCGAUGACAUAUGUCGUUAAAAAUAUUGUUCAGUACUAAAUGACUCGAUAAGGUAAUAUUAGUUUAUCAAAGAUUUCGCCAUUGCUGUCGUUUCAAGCUUUUGAUUCACGGAAUUGUUGGUCUCAUGCAAUC